AUGGCUCCCCUCUCGACCUUACCGGUUGAAUUGAUUCGAGAGAUCGGGAAUAACCUAGACUCCCCGCGGGAGCUUCUCAAGUUUUCCUCUACUUGUAAGUAUGUUCAUUCCGCCAUUGGCGUGACCGAAUUGGCAGUCCAGGACGUAAAGCGUCUGGCGGCAAUCUGGAAACUUAACACAUGUGCCUAUAACGGGAAGUCUUCCUCCCGCUGUAUACGGAGUCCGGUCGAUACUCAUCAGCCGCUGCUCCUCGAGGCGAUCGAUACAGGUAAGCAUAUCGACUACAUCAGACAAUGCAUGAAGAUUUAUCAACAGAACUUCCCGGAUUUCCUUCGCGGUAAAUGGUAUGGCGCGCUGGGCAACAUAAUAGGUAUCCUUCCUCGCUUUCCUGAACCAAUAUAUCUAGCGGCGAAACUAGGAAGGCUGGAUGUUGUACAAGCCCUUCUCGAAUUCGGUAUCAAAGCAAGAUAUCCCAUGAAGUUUGAGAAUGACGAAUAUAUGGCCGCUUGCCAAGCAGGGCAUGAUGAUAUCGCAUGCUUCUUUGUCUCUAACGGACUACCGUUAAUACCCGAAGAGGAUCUGAUAUGCGCUGUUCAGAACGGUUGCUUUCAAACUGUUUCGUCGUUGUUGCUCCACCCUUGGUACAACGGAGACAAGGGCGAGGACUUUAAGCUGAUAACGCUUUUUAAGGCCCUUGGUUCUGUACUCCCCAACAAAGAUAUUAUCUUUCCUCUUUUGGACGCGAUUCACAUACUAUCUGAUGCCGAGAAAAUAAGCAAUAUUAGAGAAUCCCUUAUGGAAGUGCUGAUAGAUCCUUAUGUUGGUGCAGGGCGUGAUUAUCAACAUGCCUACAAUACUCUAUCGCCCGGAAGGGUAAUUCAGUCGUUGAAGGUACUUGAGAAGUUGACUCCUAGCCUAUCAAUCGAGGUAGGCGAUAUCGUUCGAGAAGCCGCUAAGUUCGAUACCUUUUUGCCUGUCAUCCAACUCGUGUUAUCGGGGGAUCAAUGGAAAAUAGGACAGUCUGAAGACGAGCGAUCGAAAGUCGUUGAAGAUGCAAUGAGCGUCGCCAUCUGUUUCCAUUCUUCCGAUAUUAUCCAAUGUCUCGUUUCCCGAGGCUGUAGGUUCUCUACAGUCCAUUUGUAUCAGGCAAUCCAGGCCGGAGAGCUGAAAUUGAUAGAGGAUAUAAUCAAUUCCGGGGUCUCAGUAAAUUCUUCGUUUGAUUUUGAACACGAAGCAUUGGAGCUGAAUAUCAUGAAUAUCAUACCACAUCCUAGAUAUCGAAUCAGACCACAGCAUAGAUAUCCACACUUAUUAAUUGGGAAUGAAAUCCACAAAACUCCGUUGGAGCUGGCAUUACACAUGAUCCCAAAAGAUUCCGACUUCCUAGUACUGUCUAAACUAUUAUUUCUCGGUGCUGAUCAUACUAAUCUCCCGGAAGACGAGAAGAAUUGGUUAUUUCGACGGCGUUAUUUAUUCGACUUAAUACACGACAGGUAUUUCGAUGAACGAAGACUUGAAGAGAAGCCAGCGGAUCCCGACGGUGCGCUAAAUGAGCUAAACCGCCAAAGCCACAAAACCCUUGAUCACAAUGUAUAA